AUGGCGGCGUCGCACAUACUAAGCGCGGUAGAGCCGACGGUAGGCGGCGGCGGCUCUCGCGGCGGCCGGGAGCGCGAGGUGAAUGUAGCUCUCGACGACCGAGAACUGUGGGUUCGCUUCCAAACCCUCACCAACGAGAUGAUCGUAACUAAGAAUGGACGACGAAUGUUUCCUGUAGUAAAAGUCACCGCCAGUGGGCUUGAUCCGACUGCAAUGUACACAGUACUGCUUGAAUUUGUUCAAGUAGAUACACAUCGUUGGAAAUAUGUUAACGGUGAAUGGGUACCUGGUGGUAAAGCAGAAGUUCCUCCGUCUAAUGCUAUCUAUAUUCACCCAGAGAGCCCGAACUUCGGAGCACAUUGGAUGAAAGAGCCAAUUUCGUUCGCUAAAGUAAAACUUACGAACAAAACUAACGGAAAUGGUCAGAUAAUGCUGAACUCUCUACACAAAUACGAGCCUCGCGUGCACCUAGUGAAAGUCGGAACUGACCUACGUCGCAUCAUGACUUACCCCUUCCCGGAAACUCAGUUCAUUGCAGUAACAGCUUACCAGAAUGAAGAAGUUACUUCGCUCAAGAUUAAAUAUAAUCCCUUCGCGAAGGCAUUCUUAGACGCAAAAGAGAGACCAGAAGGCUAUUAUCAGAGAGACUUCGUCGGAACGCAUUAUCCGCAACAAAGUAAUUCGCCUCAUCAAUAUCCGCAAUUUGGUGGUUGGUUCGUUACAUCUCAGUCACUGUAUGGCAGUAACAAUUCGGCUUCGCGAAGACCAACUCCAUAUCCACCACGGCCACCCUCAAGACCCAGAACUUUAUCCCCGCCUUCGUCAUAUAGUACCGGUGAACGGUCAUCGGCCGGGCCAUCAAAUGGCACUGGCAGUUACACAUGGGCAAGUGGUGGUUACUGGAGUUCCACUCAAGGAAAUAGCCCACCCCAGUCAAAUGCAUCACCAGCUCCUUAUCGUACGCCGCCGCAUGCGUACCCCGCCCCACUAGAGUACGCGCCUGCACCACCUACCAGUACUACCGCAUCAGCAACAGCACCUGCGCCAUUAUAUCCUCUCCAAUAUGAUGCGCCGGCUCAACACCACUCACCUUAUUACCAACACCCGUACGCUCCGUAUGCUCAUCAUGCAAUCGAGGAUAUUUCAUACUGGCCUAAUAGCUUAAACACCUAUGGUUAUCAACCAUCAGAGUAUGUUGGUGCUGGAGAUGUAGCCUAUGGAGCAGAAAAUAUGUCUUUUGGUUCAAGUGGACCUCCAUUGGAAGCCGCUACAGCCAGUGGAGAAGGUCGCAACACUCCCUCUGGUGCGGAACAACAACCUGGAGAAAGGGAAUAUAAAUUUAGCAUAGAAGAAGGACGUCAUUCACCCUGUGAAGAAUCGGCACUACCACCACGCUCGCCAGCUCAGUGA